CCUUUCAGAGGACAAUUUGUCACUCGGCUGCUUCUUCUUGAGGUAAGAAGACUGUAAUCAAUCACUUAUCUCUUGUUGGCUCUUCUAGACAGCCAGGAAAAGUAAAGGAUACAAGUUAUCAAAACAUCAUGACGGCCUGGCUGUGCAGUCUUUGGAAAAGCGAGCAGACAUGGUCAAUGCUAGCUAGUAGCAAGAAGCGCUAAGUCAGCUGUACCAUCUACAGCAAAGUAAAACAAAGAGUAUGCAAAGUUAUAGGCACCCUAACCCUUUUAGGAAAGAGACAAAAACACAAGCAUUGAGGCAUGGGUUGUACUUUCUAUGAGAAAUCAGGACAAAAAGAGAAACUCACCUAAUGCUUCAAUUAGCAAGUAGUCAAUUGAAGAGUGAGUUAAGAGUACUUUCUACGAGGAGGAAAAAAGUCCCUAGAGAAAAUGUACAUAAAGGGAAUAAUUGAAAGACAUAGUUAAAGGCAGAAGCCGUGUCCUAGGAGUAUGAAUAAGGAAUUAAAAGCAGUAACGGUUCUGUCAAUGUCUUCAUUCAGAAAAGAAAUGAAGGUUAACAAGGGAUCUUUGUGUCAGGCAUAGUUUCUCUGGACAGCAAAAGAGAAAGUGUGCAAAGUUAAUAGCAGUAUUAGAUCCAUGCAGAAAAAGAGAAACGUUUUAAAAAGAAAAUGAGUCUGAAUUACUUUUUUUUGUAAAAGAAAAGCUAGUUAAUUGGAAAGCAAACAAAAGAGUAAGUAGCUAAUUAUUCAGCUGGUUAUCCAAGAGAAAAGAAAAACUGGGAGACAACCAAAAUGAAUAAAUUUAUGUCACGCUUGUUAUACUCUUAUCAAAGUAGCUGAGGAAAUUCAGUAUAAAUUUUCACCAUUAUUGUUGACUGAGUGAUUCUUUCUAUUCUCAUUAUCGCACGCAGCUUGUAUUUUGGAGUUUGGAAAUUACAGAAAUAGAUGCUUGUCUGCACCCAUUUUCCUGCUUUGGAGGAUUUUUGUCUUGUUGUCUGCCAUGUCUGCAGUAAGGUGGUGACUCCUCAGGGCAUCCUCACACAUUACGAGAAGCGACACAGCUCCCCGAUCCCCUCCAGGAGCCCUCUGCUUCCCAUGAAGCCCAAAGCGCCUGCGGUGGCCUCCGCUGUGGCCCCCAGCCCGGGGGACUCGCUAGCUUUCAGGGUCCCCAAAGAUUACCCUCACUCCCGCUUCAGCAAGGCGCCGCUUGCCGUCUACCCACCAAAAGGAGCAAGGAACAAGACAUGUGUGUCGUUACCAGUCGUGAGCUUGGAGAAGAUGCCCUGUCUGAACCGAGCAGACUCGACGUCGCACGUUCGCCUCAACUCCUCGUCCUCUUCUUCGUCCUCAUCCACGCUCUCGCCGCUCAAAUCUUCCUCCUCCGCCCCGCCGGCCUCCCAGCGCUCCGGCGAAAAGCUCGCCAACGGCCGCGGCAGCAGCACCGGUCCCCCCACGCCGCGCUCCAUCACACCUCCCUCCUCCCUGGACAGGCGGCCGAGCCCAGCCCGAUCGCCCCUGGACAGACGGGUGCCGUCGACAGCGUCUCCCUCCUCGAUGGACAAGAAGCCCUCGCUCUCGCCCUCCCACAGGUCCGUCGCUCUUCCGUCGUUGCCGUCGCUUUCGCCUUUGGAGAAGAAGCAACAGAACGGAACUAAGUCCCCCGCUAGGCCGCACAAGAGAGCCUCAGGGAGAGUCUUUGAUCCGGACAAGCAUUGCGGCGUGCCUGACCCCGAGACUAAACGCUCCUGCACGCGCUCGCUCACCUGCAAGACUCACUCCCUGACCCAGCGCCGCGCGGUCCCCGGCCGAAGCCGGCCGUUCGACGUGCUGCUGGCCGAGCACAAGGGUCUGGCGAAGGAGCGGGAGGUUCUGAAGGAGAAGGAGAAGGAAGCGGCGCAGAGAGGGAAGGAAGCGUGCGGCCAGAGCGUCGCGCCUCAAGACACGGCGAGUCCCAGCAAGCCGCACUGCCCCGGUGACCGGCCGCUGUCCUCGCUGAAGCUGCGGCUUGCAAACGCACACAUACCGAGAGUCCCAGGCGGCUCCUCCUCCUUCUCCGCCUCCAGUCCUCUGCCUACAGCGCCGGCGGCUCCUGCCGCGACGCCCGUCCCGGAGCCGUCUCCUAGCGGCUGGGCGAACGCAGCGGGGGACAGCGGCCGGCUUUCCAGCGACGAGGGAGACGCGGAGACCUCCGAUGACGCCGACAGGCCUUCCCUGCACUACUCCAGUCAUCAUCCACGGCCUUCAGGGUUCUGCGUCUUCAGCAGCCGGCUCGUGGGUCCAGGCUACUACGUGUUCGACAGGCGGUGGGACAGGAUGAGGAUGGCGCUGCAGAGCAUGGUGGAGAAACACCUCAACGCGCAGAUGUGGAGGAAGGUGCCGCUGGCCGCCGAGAGCCUCCCCUCCAACUCCACGUCCGUCGCCGCCUCGGUUACCGCGCACCAGACUCCUCCCCCUACCGUCCUGUCCUCCCGCUCCAACAGCCUCGCCUACACCGCCACGUUGCCACAGUCGGCGUCGGCAGCCGGACUGUUCGGCGCCAGAGACUCGCCGGGAAAGGCCCGGAACGGUUCGCACAAAGCCAGCCGCUCGCCCAGAGACCCGGACGUCCCGGCGGCGGGGUCGAAAAAGAGAAAGAACUCUUCGCACCCUCCGUCGUCAUUCUCUCCGUCGCCGUUUCAGACCGUGGACGUCCACAGACGGAACGGCAGCAGCUUUCAUCAGACGUUUCAAGACUUCGGGGUGGCCAAGGCUUCCCCGGCCAAAAACAAGGGACCUCGAGCGGGAAGCGGACUUCUGAGCAGCUCGGACGACUGGCUGUCCAGAGCAGAGCAAAGCCACAACACGCACAAGUGUCGUGAACUUGGCACCAGCAGUCUAACCUACCCGGCCAGGGAACCGUCCUCGGGCCCCCACCAGCCCAUGCCUCCGCCUACAGGACCCUUAGCUUACGGUGGAGGAGCAGAGGGGAGGAAGAGGAGGAGUCCCAGCUCCUACAAAGGGAAAUCCAGCAAAGCGAGCCGACCCGGCGGACUGGAGAGCCUCUUUGGGAAGGGAAACGACGGCGCGGGGAUCUUGGCGUCGGGGCCUGAGUCGCCCAGACAGACCAAGCUGAAUCACUGACAGAAAGCCGUUGUGCGGACAGAACGUCGGGCAGCUCUUCAGGCCACCACCAUUUGUGACCUUUGACUUCGCCACUCUUCCAACGACGGCUUCAGUGCGACACGGUGGGGAGGGCAGGGGAGCCUCCUGUCGGGAAUCUCCCUUGCCUCUCUCUUUGAUUGUGGUUUUUACAGAACAAGUUGACAAAACAACAAAAAACAAAACUACAACUAUUGUUUGUAAAGGGAAUUCGCCGACAACUCCUGCGCUGCAGAAGUUUCUGGAGAACGGCGACUUUUGUUUCCAGUCUGCUGGACAAAGAAAGACAACUGUGAUUGUUUUUCCUGGACCACCUGACACAACUACUGUGGGACUUUAUCUAUGCCACUUCGUUGCUCCCACUGGCCUUUUCUCUCAUUCUGGCUCUUUCUGUCUUUCAGUCUGAGAAGGGGAGCGACGGCAGCGAGUUCGGCUGGGUUUUAGCCAGUUCUCUCCCCUUUUCUUUGUCUCCCUGCGUACCCGGCGGCUUUGUCCGUUUCCCUCCGUUUCUGUCCCAGCAUGCCUGUGUUCCAAGUGCACUUACUGUCCUGAGUUCCUUGGCUGAAUCCCCCCGACCCCCACCUUCUGCGUCGGUGCCACGCAGAAGUCCUGCUCGCGCAAAACGGAGGGAAGGAAGUGUUUGUGUUACCAAUGAUGCCACGUCGGUGCGUUGUAUUUCAAAACCGUAUAAAGUUUGACUUUAUUCACUUCGUUUUUUCUUCUUCUUCUUUCUGAUUUUGAUGGACUAGCAUUCAAAAUGGAAUUAUUACAACGGUGUUAGAUUGCUUUGUCUUUUUUUUUUUUUUGCUUUUUUGUAUAAUAAUUUAUCAUUCUUAAAUAAUGUUUGGUAUCGAAGUGACCAUUAAGGUUUGAGCUACAGAGACUUUUUUUUUAGUAUGAUAAAAAAAUAUAUAUAUAUGGAAUUUAUAUGGCAUUUUUGAAGAAAUGUUGAAAGUAUUAUAGUUCAUAUUUGUACAUAUCUGUUAUUAUUUUUGUAUUUAUUAAUAAUUCUUCCCUUUUACUAAAUAAGGCCAAGAGAUAUGUUUCCCCUCCUUUUUUGGUCUGUGUCUAACAGUAAUAAAGAGCCUGGCCUGG